GGCUGUUAGUCGGACACCAGUGCAGUGCAUGCAGUAGAUCUGUUCAGGCUGUAUAAUCAUGUAGUUGCGGAACAGUAGAUCUACUGACAGUCAGUCUGUCUGCGAGUGUGGCAGUGUCACUGUCAGACACCGACCGUCCGUGUGUCACCACGUCCGCCACCAGGUAACCUGGUUACCACUGCAUGCAGAGUUUUGCAGUCUUUUAGUAAUAGUUAGAACUUAGAUGCUACCCGGGGGUACCCAAGCACCAGAGAAUAGUAGGUCUACUGUCGACAUGUCUGGUAGAUCUACUUGCAAUCAUUAUUGUAGUAACUGUUGUAGUCUGACACUGACUCGACUCGGAUCGGAGCUAGCACUGUAGCAGCGGGGAGUCGUAACUCGUAGAUGUACAAACUCUUCAGUGCUGUCCACAGUCACAGACCUCGCAACAACACCGUCGUAAGCUGACUGACGGUGAAGCCACUUGUGAACGCGUCGUCUACGCAGCUAGCUAGCUGCCUGGCUUGACGGUUGACCGUUCAUGAUCUUAUUCCCUUCUUGCUGGUGAAAAGCGUUCCUGCCGCCGCUGCUAUGCGGCGGUUCCCAAUCAACAUCAUGUAUCCGUCCUGGAAGCUGUACUUCAUCACGCUACUUAUGUGUGCGCUGCUGCUGGCUUUCGGUGUGGAGGUAGUGCUGCGUGUCUACCAAGUCGAGGGCCUACACGUUCAUCAGGUGUUGAAACCGGCUCUCGCUUAUGUACGCUUCAACCAGCCUUGUUAUCCUAGCAAUCAGGCAUUUCGCUUGAAAGAGCUCGUCCGUAACACUAAGAACUUUGCAGCGGUUGCAGAUGAGGUUGGCCUGCGGUAUUGGCUGGACUAUGGCACCUUGUUGGCAGCACAUCGCUCAGGUCGCAUCAUACCCUGGGAUCACGAUGCCGACAUGGGGGCCAUGCAGAUUGAGUUUAUGGCAAAUUUUAACGAACUCAAGCGGCUGCUGGCCAAGCGUGGUGAUGUCCUAUACUAUGGCGGUGCGUGCCGUUAUUUCAUUCGCCGGGCCGUUGUGCCAGAAGAAGCCCGUGGUGAGAUCAUUCGAGCCGAGGUCGUACUCCACGUACCCAUUGUCAAUUUGGGACAGGACAAUGAUCAGCUCAUCACUCGUUGCGAAGUGCCAGAUAUAUUCCGUUACACAUUUCCUAGGCGAUACAUUGACACUAUGACAACGGUAACAUUUGAAGGAGUGGAUAUGACAGCACCGAAUCCUGUCAAGGAGUUUCUUGCCGUAUACCGCUACCCGAACUCCUACUGGCUUCCCGUACCGUACCGUAUCAAUUGCUAUUUCGAAUCUAUGUAUUAUUUUUCGUUCUUGGUGCUGUUCGUGGCAGUACUCAGCGUUGUGGGCAUUCUCUAUUUCUGCGCCAUGUUGCAUUGCCUGGCACGCACUUUGCCCACUGUAAGGUCCGGGCGACUAUGUUGUGUCCCCACAAAUUUAGCAAGCAUGUGAUGUUGCCGGCAGCAGGAUUGCCGAUGUCCACGCUCUCCCGUCGUGGUGAGUACUGGCGGAUGGUGUUUUUUUGUCACCGUGCAGGGCUGGUGGUCAUGCCACGUUUCCACUGCAUUUCGAUGUAUAGUCAUGUACAGUGGAAUCCCUUCAUAUCCCCGGAUGCCCAGUAAACAGGUGUGUUCACUAUCGAGUGGGCGACAUCCAUCAGCCAACCGACCCCUUGAUCCUAGUCUUACCACAUCAGACGGUCGAGUACGCACAUGUGGAGUGAAUUUCAAUUUAUAUAGUUCCAAACUGGAUACUUGAAUCAUCUUGCCUCUAUUUCUUCAAAGGCUUUCUUGCCCAUUACGCUUUGAGUUUAUCU